UCUUCCUGUGUAGAGUGAAUAUUUCCGGAAAUCUAUUGUCGAUGGACAGUAUUUAUACCGUUACCGACUUCAGAGAGUUGUAGAUUUGUUUUCACAUUUCGGUCCCUGUGUCCACCUCAAUCAGCAGGAAGAUGUCCCAGGCUCGAGUUACUGAUUUCUUUUCCCAGAGAAAGAAAGGUGUCGCCGGUCCGGUCAAACCAACCAAGCAGCGCAGGAGCGCUGUUGUCGGCCGUGGCUCAUCUGAGACCAGUACUAACGUUGCCAGUACGAGGUCAAGAUUCGCAAAAAACAAAGGUGGUUUCCUUUGCUCGUCCUCCGUCCAUGAAGAAUUUGUCAGAGUUAUUGACGAGGCAGUGGAGCUAAACGAGGGAGUUUGUUCUAUCGGUACCACCGCGAACGAUCCCACCAGUCCUCGGACACCAAAGCGGACCUCGGCCGAGACAGAGUUCGACCUCGGAGCCGCGGUGUUUUCAGCCACCGCCGACCAUAGCACGGCCAAAAAGAGACGGCAAGAGGAGGUCGUUACAGACGCUAAAGUUAAUGUUCCGGAGAAAGCAAGGACGAAGGCCAGGAAGAAACUGGUCCUACCUCAAAACAUACCGCAGGUUGCAGCCAAGUCCUUGUCCAGUGAGGUGACCCAGCAGCACUCAGCUCCGGCAGCCCCCGUUUCUGGACAGAAUGCUGAGAACCAUCAUCACUUUGAAACCAACAGCUCUCCACAGAGGGGUCAAGUCAACAGCAAGAUCACUGAAGGACAGGAAAGCAAGGCUCUGUGUAAAGAGGGCAUUGCAACCCUCAAGUCUCGCCUUCAGAGGAUCAAGAAGCAUGCAGAGGAAAUAUCCAGCGCUUCAGCGGCCACAUCCUCCUCUUCCUCGUCUCCAGUCUGUUCAGCUCCUCAUAAAACAACCCCACUUGUUCCCAAAACCGUCUCUGAUGCUAAGGCCCUCAAGUUCACUGUAGCGCAAGUCAAAGACCUUGCAGCCAAAGCUCAGCGGCGGAAGGAGGAGAGAGAGGCCAAGAGCAAGCUGAGUGAGACACAAACCCAGGACAGUACUGGGCAGCCAGCAUACCAGCAGUACCACACUCUAGCCCAGGUGGGCCCUCCAGGUCUGUCCCUGCCUUUCCAGUACAAGGUGCUGGCAGAGAUGUUCAGGAGUAUGGACACGGUGGUCGCCAUGCUACACAACCGCUGUGAGACCGCCACCUUCGCCAAGAUCAAACGUGGAGUUCAGGACAUGAUGCACAAGCGGUUUGAGGAGGGCCACGUUAGUCAGAUAAAGAUGGUGUUUCCCGAAGCCUACACAUUUCGACAGGAGAAGAAUGUCCCGACCUUCAACAGCAGCAUUAAGAAGGGCCGCUACCAGCUCACCGUGGAUCCAGUCCUUCUCUCUG